AGGGUAGUCACUAAUCCUCCACGAAUACGAAGGCAAUGCUAACAUUAAGAAUGCUGGGUUAUGGACUUAAUGCUCUGGCCUGUGACCCAACGUAUCUUCUGAGGAGUCUGUUAGUGUGGGUUUCCAUUGUUCUUGGAAGCUCCUUAGGGAUUUAAACAUUUGGGCAUAAAUGCUUCUUGCUACCAAAAAGUUGCUUUAACAUGAGAUGCUCUAGUCUUAGGGUACUUCUUCUAGGUUUAGAAAGAGAAACCAAAAAACCUCAGCAAAAAAAUACUGCAACCAAACACUGCAACUUGAACUAGUAAUACGCAGCUCCCUUACUCUUGAGUUCUUCGGGCUGGCUGCAUUUUUAAAUAUUUACAAAAUUUCUUGCUGCUGUCAGGCUCAAGGCAGGGGAAAAAAAGCUCAUGAAUGAAGAAAGUAAAUACCAGUUGAUCCUUCUUGCCUGUUUAAAAAAAAAAAGAGGCUGAAUAUAUCAAGACCUACCCAGUUGUUUGGGGUUUUUUUGGUGUUUUUUUUUUUUUUUUUUUUUUUAAAGGCAGGUAUUCCUGAGUAUCCUCAGGGCUGGAAUAGUUAGUAUGUGACUUUGGAAUAAUUUGUUGAACUGGAUUAGCCUUUAGGUUUGAAGUAUUUCUGUCUUCUGUGUGGUUUGAUGUUUCAGCAUAAAAAAGAAAAAAAAGAAAAAGCUAGUUUGUUGGCCUAUAACAAAUUCAACUGUCUUAUUAGUCUGUUUUUCUGUCUUGUUUCUUUUUUUUUACUGCUCAUUACCUGUAAAUUGCUUUACAUGUUUUUUGCAUAGAUUUGAAGGUAUGCAGAAUCUUUUUUUAUUUGCUGACUGUAUUUUGUGUAUCGUCUAGCACCAUAGGGAUCCUUUGCUUGUCUUGACAGCAUUACAACAAUGAAUCAAAUAUCUCAAUGUUUUGAAAGCAUCAAACUGGAAAUUUACAGUAUUAUUAUAGAAAAAUCAAUCAAGUAGAGUGUUUCGUGGUUGCAUUUUAAAAAGUUGACUAGGAGGAGCUCCUGAUAAUUUCUAAUGCUUGCAAAUUUUGAUGUGGACAACAUGUCAAAACAUCCGAGUUUGGCAAAUGGUAGUUUUCAGCUCCUCAGCGUUAGUCAGUUCAGGCUCUUGCUGUAUGCGCUGCUUUUAACAUUCGAGGACCUUCUAACAGCUCAUUAAAAGACUUAAUUUAGCGUUUGUCAUGUGUGGCUCAUAAUAUGAGACCUGUGCAAGCAGUGAAGCUUUUAUUUCUAAUGUACGUAAUGGCAUGUUUGCAAAAGCGGGUGAGGCUGAAGAAAUAUUCCAUGCAUUUGGAGCAGGCAUUGGUUAAGUUUUGUGAAACUCCCUGCUUUCUGUGUGUGAAGGCUUUUUGUGGUGGGUUUUUUUUUUUCCUUUUCAAAUACUCAACCUUUUGAUCUCUGGUCAAAUGUUUAUAGCUCAGCAGUGAUGCCCUUUUCUAGGGCUCAUUAGAAAGUGAGUAAAACCUGCCCAGUCUGAGGUGAUUUUUUUAGGCUGGAUUUAGUUGGGUUUUUUUUUGUCGUUGCUUUGGUCCUCCCCACUGUCUGCCUCCAAAGAAGCUGCAGCCUAAAGAAGAGGAAGUGAUGUUGCUCAUGUGAUGUCCUGGUCUCAGACCAGGAUCCACUUGUGCAAGACACAACAGAUUUACAACCUUUGUGUAAUACAAGACAAUAGACAGAAACAGAUGACAAAGAACAGGAAAGAAUAUUGAUUAACUGCUGAAGUACUGAUCGAGUUCUGCUAUUCUUCAAUGAGGAACUACAGGCUGAUCUUUUGCCAUAAUCUUAAACAACCAUAAAUGACAAAAGAAUACUUGGUCAGUGAGGGCAGCUGGCGCAGAAAACGUUUUUCAAACUCGGCUGUUUAAGUACUCUGAGAAAAGACAGCUUUGAUUUUUGGCUGCAAAAAGAUAUGAGGAAGAGCUCCUCCCCUUCCUUGAGUAACUGCAACUCUGUUCUUGCUAACAAAAUAUUUGGAAUUCCACUUGAUGAGCUGCAGCAAGAAGGGCAACCAGACAAUGAGGUUCCAUUCAUAGUCCGCCAUGUCGUGGACUAUAUUGAGGAACAUGGGGGUCUGGAACAAGAAGGACUUUUUCAAGUCAAUGGGAAUGCUGAGACAGUGGAGUGGCUUCGGCAACGAUAUGAUAAUGGAGAAGAUGUGGACCUGGUUAAAGAAGCAGAUGUACCCUCAGCUAUUAGCCUUCUUAGAUUUUUUCUUCAAGAACUUCCAGAGCCAGUUAUCCCAGGCAGUUUGCACAUACAUUUGAUGCAACUUUCUCAAGAUUAUAAUGAAGAUGAAUUUGGAAGAAAGUUGAGGUUCCUCUUGCAGCAGCUUCCACCUGUUAAUUACAGUUUGUUGAAGUUUCUGUGUAAAUUUUUAGCUAACGUAGCAUCGCAUCAUGAAGAAAUUUGGUCGGCAAGUUCUUUAGCUGCAGUCUUUGGCCCGGAUGUUUUUCACAUAUACACAGAUGUGGAGGAUCUGAAAGAACAAGAAAUAGUUAGCAGAAUAAUGGCGGGACUUCUGGAGAACUACUAUGAAUUCUUUGAAAAUGAAGAGGAAGAUUUUUCAUCUACUAAUGAUUUAAGCUCAAUAACUGAGCAGAUAAAUGAUCUCUUGGAAGAGGAGGAAGAUGUAAAGCUUGAGCAGUCUGAAGAACUUCCAGAAGAUGGCACAGAGAAACCCGUUGAAAGGCCAGCUGUGGUGCAUCUAGAUAUGACAGGGAGUGUCUCUGAUUCCAGGAGUGUUGCAGCGUCAACAAGUGCUCAUAUCUCUCCCAUAAGUAUCUUGCCAGCCUCUGCAGAUAUUUUAGAAAGAACAAUUAGAGCAGCUGUGGAACAGCACCUUUUCGACCUGCAGAGCAGCUUAGAUAACGACCUUAAACAUAUACAGCAACACAGACUGGGCUGUAACGAUGAAGCAAAAAAUCCUAGCGGGGAUGAGGAAGGAUCUAACAACCAGAACGAUGUUAUUGAAGAUAAUGACACUGGUAGCAGUGAGAACACAGGAGACUGCUCUGAAGUAUUGGUUUGCACUGAUUUAGACAGUGAAGCUAUGAAACAUGAUACUGUAACUGAGGAAGAAGAAAGCGUUCAGGUACCAGCCCUUCCUUCUGCUCAGACUGCAGACGUAUUACUGAAACCAGGUGAUAAAGAUGCAGAUGUUGAUGAAGAAAAUGAUAGUGAAAGGCAAAAUAGUAUAUUGCUUGUUGGCAAUGAUAGAAUAUCUUCAGAGAUGUUUCUGGAUUCAAGUAGCAAGACUUGUGAUCUUAAUGCAAAUACUGAUUCAGAGGUGUCAGGGAAUGGCAGCGUUAAUGUUUCUGAGGAAGCUCUGGGUGUCCAAGUACCACGUCUAGAUCUGAAGAAUGUAUCUGAUGGUGACAAAUGGGAAGCGCCAUGCCCUAUCACUUUUCCCCUCAUUGAUUUCAAAACAAUGCAUCUGCAGAGAGAAGGGGAGGAUCCAUUUCCUGCUUUCAAAUCUUGGCAGGAGGACAGUGAAUCUGGAGAAGCUCAGCUUUCCCCGCAGGCUGGAAGGAUGACUAAUCAUCCGUUGGAAGAGGACUGUCAUCCAAUAUUGUCACAUCGUAGUUUGGAUUUUGGGCAAAGUCAACGUUUUUUACAUGAUCCAGAAACGUUAGAUUCUUCAUCCAAAGCACUUUCUUUUGUUAGAACACGAAGAGCAUCCUUUAGCUCAAAAGAUGACAAAAGGGAAGACAAGACACCUUAUCAGCUUGUCAAGAAAUUGCAGAAAAAAAUCAAGCAAUUUGAGGAACAAUUUGAAAAAGAGAAAAACAGUAAGCCCUCCUAUAGUGAUAUUGCAGCCAAUCCAAAAGUUUUAAAAUGGAUGACUGAACUUACCAAAUUGAGAAAGCAAAUAAAAGAUGCAAAGCAGAGGAGCUCAGAUGGAGAAUUUAUCCCUCAAACACGUCCACGAAGUAACACUCUUCCAAAAAGCUUUGGUUCCUCUCUUGACCAAGAGGAUGAAGAAAAUGGAGAUGAGAUGCGGGUUGUGCAGAAAGAGAAGAAGCCGACCAAGGAAGCUACACUUGAACUAAUUUUGAAAAGAUUAAAGGAAAAACGAGUUGAGAGAUGUUUGCCAGAAGAUAUAAAAAAAAUGACGAAAGACCAUUUGGUAGAAGAGAAGACAUCUCUCCAGAAAAGCCUCCUGUAUUAUGAAAGUCAACAUGGACGACCGGUUACUAGAGAAGAAAGACAUAUUGUGAAGCCACUUUAUGACAGAUACAGACUUGUAAAACAAAUGUUAACUAGAGCAAGCAUUACUCCUAUUCUUGGGUCGCCAUCAACCAAGAGGCGGGGGCAGAUGUUACAGCCCAUUAUUGAAGGUGAAACUGCCCAUUUUUUUGAAGAAAUUAAGGAAGAAGAGGAGGAAAGUGAUGGUUUGUCUCCAGACCUGAACGAUAUCUUAAAAAGUGCUGUCCAAACACAGUCUGUUUUAAGCCCAGUUGAAAACUCUGAGUCUGAUGUUGAAGAUGGUCAAGAGAAGCUGACCCGGGACCUUAGGCUGUCAAGCACCCGCGCUGCUUCUAUGCCUGAAUUACUGGAGCAACUGUGGAAAGCCAGAGCUGAAAAGAAGAAGCUACGUAAGACAUUACGAGAAUUUGAAGAGGAGUUUUAUCAGCAGAAUGGAAGGAACGUACAGAAAGAAGAUCGGGUUCCGAUGCUUGAUGAGUACAGGGAGUACAAGAAAAUUAAAGCCAAACUUAGGCUGUUAGAAGUCCUUAUCAGCAAACAAGAUUCUUCAAAAUCAAUUUAAAUUAUGUUCCUCCAAACCAUUGAAUAACAUGUUUCCGUAUACAACCACUGUACUUAUUGGGUGCUUGUGUUCAUUUGUCAUGCACUGUUGAAAGAAUCCAGUUUGUGCACUUUAUUGUGGUGCCACUAUAACAUGUUUGAAGCGUAAGUAGGUCCUGUUUAGAGAGCAAGUAAGAUUUCUAAGGUUGAGACUGCUCUAUCCAACUUAGCAAACACAGUUUCCAUCAAAGUUUUAUAUUACAGAUGCAUCCAUCUUGUUCCAAAACAACCAUAGCUUUUUUUAGCAUUCAAUAACUUUGAGACUUUUGUUAUUACUGACUUCUUGCAUUAUUGAAGAAAUUAUUAAUAUCAUAAUGCUACACUGAACUACUCCUCUUGCCUAUUUUUUAUUAUGGGGGAAAAAAGUCAGCAAAUUAAAUGUACAGCUUUCUCCUGGAACAUUUUAAAAAGCAGACUGAAAUUCCUUUCAAAGGACUGCUGCGGAGCAACUUUAAUUUUUGGUAUUCUAAAUUGCACCUAUAACACAGUAAUAAUUAACAGCUAUGGAUUUUGCUCAUUAGCGGUCACGUUUCCUCCUUGAUAAAGAUGACAGUGGACAAACCAGAAAGUGACCUUGCUUAGUGUCUUUUUAAAACUUGGGAAACUGCAAAGUUAUAUCACAUGCUGCCUACGGGACUUACGUUACUGUUGUUCAUUUUAUCAUUUGAUUGGUUAUUGUUUAUCAACCAGUGGUUGACAUAGUGUUUUGUCUGAAUUGGAUACUGCAGCUCCACUUCCGGAAGAUUUGAGGAACAUAAUGAACAUUUCGGUGUGUGGGAAAUCUGAUGGCGCUCAGACUUGCGUAGCUCCAGCAGAAAAGAGCUGGAUUAGGACAGUUAAAAUUCCACCAUACCUGAAAUAAGUAUGGUAUCAAGGGCUAAAAUCAGUGUAGUUAAUGCGCGCCGCAGGGUGAACUGUUGGUUUUGAGUGAAAAAAUUACUGCUGUUUAUUACGAUUUUGUUUUACAGUUGGAGAAUAAAAAUAGGUUAUCUAACCCUUAUGAUGUAAGCAAAACAGUUUAUGGGCCUUGCAUGAUUUAGCUUCAGAGGUGAAACUAAACAAUGUUUGAGUAUCACAUCUUCUGUGCUGAAUGACGAUUUAGCUACUAGUUUUAUGCUCUGCAACAGCCAUCAGCAGCUGGUUUUGAUCUGGCAAAAUCUAAGUGUUCAUUUUGACUGGUGCUUUAUCAACUUUUUUUUUUCUCUUCAGUGUAUCAGUUUGAUUGUGGCCAUGUUUUGCAUGCACCUGCUCUCACUGCAUGUUUCUAUGACUGGCUAAUGUCAACAUAGCUAUUAUUCACACUGCUUUAUGGAAGACCAAAAAUGAACUUUCUCACACCGUAAGAAAUGGCUAGCACGUAACCUCAUAGACUUGCUGUUCUGUCAUGAAGCAUAUGAAGUAGGAUUUUUAGUGCUCAGAUUUCAUCUGUGUACUGUAGAAUACUUCUUGUUUUGUUUUACUCUGCUUGUAGGCAUGUAAUUUUGGAAUUCAGAAAAAAAAAAGCACUAAAACUAUUGAGCACUGGUGGUAUGCCUUUUUUUUAACUGCGAAAUCAUCUGGGACCUUAGAGAAUUAUGAGGUUAAACUAGUCUUGAGACCAUUUAUCAAUUUUAUUCAGUUCCAUUGUGCAAUGUACACUUCAGUUACUUUUCUAUCAGUCUGCAGACACGGGUGUAUCCAAACAUUGAAACUAAUGUGUACUGUAUAGUGUUGUACAUGAAUGUUUGUGUUUUAUAUACCACAUGCAAAAUGUCAAUAUGCACUAUUUAAAUGUUUUAAAUAAUAUAUUCCUCCUUUAUAAUGCUUAAAUCUAUAUGAUUCCAAUAUUUUUAUAAGUGAGUGAGUGAUCAGACUGGUUCCAAUUCAGAAUUAACAGCUGCUUUGUGUUUGUUAUGCAGUGUUUGGCUGUUUAUUCCGUAUAGUAGAUAAGCAUGGCAACAGUUAUGCUGAGUGUGUUUUGUGCCAUCCUUGUUGAGCAAUAAAUAAAUGGUAGGACUAGGCAUUUUGUGAUAUAACAGUUUUACUUUGGUAAAAGCAAAACCUAUAUAUCUAUAUGGAUAUAUAGAUAUGGAAUAUAUAUAACUAAACCAGAUAUAAUUGCAUUGCUAUGUCUGGUGCUCAUUGUAUAGACUUUUAUAAUAAAAGUACCUUAACCUUUAUUGUCAUA